CUUCCCUCCACAUUUCACCCCCAAAUUUUCAUUAGCCUCCUAACAAAACAUUCUCUCUCUCUCUCUCUCUCUCUCUCUCUCUUCAGAACAGUGAUUUUAUCAUUCAUGCUGCUUGAGUGAUGAUUUGAAGCUUCUUCAAAGCUGCUAGUUUCUCCCCAUAAGUUUCAUUUUCUGGGUAUUCUUCUGAAUAUCAUCAGCGUUUGGAUUGAGGCAUCAAAAUGGUGAAAGCGCAUCCAUGGCCUCAUCUUGCUGCAAUUGUCUUCUUGGCAGUUCUUGCUUCACGGGCCUCUGCUACCACUAACCCACUUGAUGUCACAGCUCUCCAAGACCUGUACUGGGCGCUCGGCGGACCAUCCCAAUUGAAGGGAUGGAAUUCUUCACAUGGUGAUCCCUGUGAAGACUCAUGGACAGGAGUUUUGUGUUUUGAGUCAUCUGUUACCCACCUAAAUCUACAUGGACUUAACCUCACUGGCUUUCUUGGAGGCCAGCUCUCCAAUCUCAACAACUUGAAGCAACUGGAUGUUAGCUCCAAUAACAUUCAAGGUGAAAUCCCAUACAGCCUACCCCCCAAUGCCACCCUUAUAAAUCUGUCUUGCAACAACUUGACCCAAGAUAUUCCUUAUUCUCUAACUUCCUUGAAAAAUCUACGGCGUCUCAAUCUAAGCCACAAUUUGUUAUCUGGACCUGUUGGCAAUGUGUUCACUGGCCUGGAGAAUCUAAAAGAAAUGGACCUAUCACACAACAAAUUUACUGGAGAUCUACCAAGUUCCUUCGCAGCUUUGACAAAUCUUUCUAAACUGUUUCUGCAGAAUAAUCAAUUCACUGGAUCAGUAAUCUUCCUGGCUGAUCUCCCACUGUCUGACCUGAACAUCAAAGACAACCAUUUUAGUGGUGUCAUUCCAAAGCAGUUUGAGGCAAUAGAAAAUUUAUGGAUUGGAGGGAAUAAGUUUCAUCCAGGGGCAAACUAUGAACCCUGGCAUUUUCCUUCAGAAACUGUGCCCACAGAGCAGAAUAUUAGCAGUCCACCAACUACUCAGUCGAAUGCCAUCGAAAGCUACCCGUCUCUAAAGGAAGGUAAACAAAGGAAGAGAAAGCUGGGUCCUGGAGGAAUAGCUUGCAUGGUUGGUGGGGGAACCCUACUGGUAAGCUGUGCAGCACUCAUGAUUGCCAUCCGCAUUAAUCGCUCUCGUGCUCAAAAGCUCAAGAACUUGGAGAGCACUAACAGCUCAUUGCAUUCUCUUCCAGUCAGUACAAUUAGAGGAUAUUCAUCUGCCUCAGCAGAAGGGAGUCCACAAAUGUUGCCCAUCAGUUCUCCACCCAUUCUUGGCCUAAGGCAUAUACCCCCAAUUCGCCAUGUAAGAACCGAGAAAAUAUGUAAAAGAAAAAGUUUCUCUAAGAAAUGCAGAAUGCCAACAAAUGCAAAACUUUACACAGUGGCAGAGCUUCAAUCAGCUACAAAUAGCUUUGGCGAAGAGAACCUCCUUGGAGAAGGAUCUCUUGGUUCGGUUUACAAAGCAGAAUUUCCCGACGGCCAAAUUUUAGCUGUGAAGAACAUUAACACGGUAGCACUCUCUCUCCACGAAGAAGAACGAUUCUUGGAUGUGAUUUGGAGUGCAGCUCGUUUGAGGCACCCAAAUGUCGUAACACUAAUAGGCUAUUGCAUGGAGCAUGGCCAGCAUCUCCUCGUGUAUGAGUACGUGAGGAAUUUUUCCCUCGAUGAUGCCCUACACGGUGAAGGAUACAGGCACCUGCCCUGGGGCCUCCGUCUUCGGAUGGCCAUCGGCAUAGCCCGGGCUUUGGACUAUUUGCACUCCGCGUUCUCGCCUCCGAUAGCUCACAGCAACUUAACGGCUGCCAAUAUCCUACUCGAUGAACAGCUGAUGCCUCGUAUCAGUGACUGUGGGCUAGCUAUCCUGAGGCCUCUUACUAGCAAUAGUGUUAAACUUAAGGCUUCUGAAAUCGCCAUUGGCAAUACCGGCUACAUUGCACCUGAACACGGUCAACCCGGAAUCGAUAACACAAAGAGCGACGUUUAUGCCUUUGGAGUGCUACUUUUAGAACUAUUAACAGGAAGAAAACCUUUUGACAGCUCAAGACCAAGAGAGGAGCAAUCCUUGGUGAAAUGGGCUUCAUCCCAGCUUCACGACAAUGAGUCUUUGGAUCAAAUGCUUGAUUCAAGCAUCAGAAGAACAAUCUCCUCCAAGUCUCUCUCCCAGUUUGCUGAUAUUGUCUCCCUUUGCAUUCAGCCCGAGAAGGAGUUCCGGCCACCAAUGUCUGAAAUCGUGGAGUCUCUGACAUGUUUAUUACAAAAGCCAGGGGCAGUCGAAAGUGUUGCUGCUGCAGAUGGUGCUGAAAUUGAGCCAUUUGAGAGGUCCUUCCGUUCUACCAACACCCGCUUCUUUGGCUCGCCUGUAUGAGCUAUAUGUCAAUCUGAUCUCAACGAUUGCUACAACAGUACAGCAACUGGGUUUACUGAGUUUAGAUUUUUAAUGUGAGGAUUAUGUUUUACAAUCAACUUGGGCUAUUUUAUUUUGUCGAGUUUUUUGUAGUUUUUGCACUCCAGUCAUCCUGGAAGUUCUUCAGUUCAAAUACUCAUUUUCAUGUAUUGGCAGGCAGUGUUCUGCAACCAUUUUCCUUUUAAGGCUUCAUUUUGUGCGAGGCUUUCUCCUGCUAAAAGGUUUUGAAGCAUAAUGGGAUCUGUCAAAUAAAUAAUGUCUUUCAAUCCCAA